AUGGGGGAGGGUCUGGGUCAAGUGAUAUCAUGGUACAUCUGUACCGUCGUCGCCCUGCUGUUUGCCGCCGCAAGAAUGGUCAACCAAUGCCAGAAGUUCGGGAGGUUGUAUCUUGAGGAUGGCUUUCUUGUUCUGGCAACAUGCUGUCUCAUCGGAGACCUGAUCAUCCAACAAUACAUGUGGAAUAGGGGGGUUGCUGAAAUACCAAAGGCGAGUCGCGAUGACUUCAUUGCCAUCAUGCAGAUGAUCAUUCCGGGGUCGGUUCUCUAUGUCACGUCACUCUGGGCCAUCAAGGUCGCUCUCGUCUUGUUCUACAGGAAGCUCGCGGCCCCCAGUACAAGACUACAAAUCGUCUACAAUGCCACACUCGGAUUCCUCGCCGCUAGCUGGCUUGUCAUCUUUUUCGAUAUCGUCUUCCAGUGCUACCCGAAUGAUAAGAGGUGGUCGCUGGAUCCAGACUAUCAAUGCAAUCCGAAAGCGGCAGAGACCAAUUACUGGAUCACCAUCAUACUGAACAUAUUUUCAGACGUCUUUAUCAUUUGCCUUCCCAUAUCGAUGGUGCUCAAACUCCAGAUGAAGCGGAAACAGAAGCUUGGUGUUAUGGGGAUCUUCGCACUCGGAUUCUUUGUGGUUAUAGCAAGCAUCGUGCGAGCCUACUACUCGAAGCUCAACAAGACCAUGUUGACUUGCACUGUGUCGAUGGUCGAGACAGCUAUAGCUAUCAUCGCGGCUUGUCUUCCAGCCCUCCGGGCGAUUUUCCUGGGUCACACAUCGCAGGCCGGCAACAGCUCUUACGGCAGGCAUUACGAGCUUUCUUCAGUCCACCGCCACCGGACGCAGCGGAGUCAAAUCACUACGAACAUCAAGGGAGGAACGUCUCAGCCGGGUGAGGACUCCGACGACGAGCUGGUGCGCGAGGGCAGGAUGUCGAUUCUAGGCCUCGGGGACAAUCACGAACAUGGCAGCAGCGGGAUCAUGGUGAACACUACUUUUCAUAUGAAGAAAGAUAACGCGAGUCUACAUUCGGAUGCCAUCUAG